AUGGCUCGUCUGGAUUCCGUCAUCACAAACAUUGUGGAUAUAUUCCUGGAGUACGGCGAAGAUGAGGGCAAGAAGCGCAAGUUAAACCUGGAGCAAUUAAAGAAAGUGUUGCAGCAAGAAAUACAAAGUCCCGAGUUGAAAGGUACAAUCAAUGCAGAUGAUAUUGAGGAAGCCAUGCAGAAGCUGGACAAAAACCAUGACGGUGAGGUCAACUUCCGGGAGUUUUGUCGGUGUGUUGGGGACCUGGCCAAGUGUCACUACAACAAGAAGACAGGCAAGGAAGGCAAGAAAGGCAAGAAAGGCAAGGGCAAAGAACAGAAACCUGAGACUGAAGAUUAA